AUGGUUCCGACCGUCUGCCCCUGCCGGAGCCCCGUCCCGGACCCUGCGCCGGAGCUCGGCCGCCGCGCCGCCCCCGUGCCGACGCGCCGAAAGACCAGCCUGUCAUCGCUGCCGCCCGAGAUCCACCUGGCCGUCGCAAACUACCUCAUCUACCCCGACGCCCUGUCUCUCAAGCACACCAGCCGGCACUUUUACAGCAUCGUCGACACGGGCAUCGAGCUCAAGAUUGACUGGCUGGUCGAGCGGCGCCGCCUACACCUCGAAUGCCCCAACGACCGGCGCUGUGACCUCGGCAGCGACCUUCGAUUCUGCCGCGGCAGCGUGCCGCUGUUGAUGCAGCGCCGUAGAGAACACGUCGAGUGCGAGUCUCGGCCGGGGCUCGGGUGUCUCGUGCACGGGACCCGGGCAUGCUCCCACCGGUCCAAGAGGCCCAGCCGCUGGCGGUCGGGUCUUCAUACCAAGCUAACCGUCGAGCUGUGGUGGCUGCUGCUGGCUCUCGUGCCGAUCCUGGGCGGCUGGCUGUGGAUGACGCAGAUAUCGCCAAUGCUGUGA